AUGCGCGGCAAGGGCAGGAAAGAGAGCCUCUCCGACUCCCGGGACCUCGACGGCUCCUACGACCAGCUGACGGGCAACCCACCUGGCCAUGCUAAAAAAGCCCUGAAGCAGCGGUUCCUCAAGCUGCUGCCCUGCUGCCGCCAGCCCAAAUCCAUCCCUUCACUCAGUGAAAGAGGAGCCGCCGCCGCCACUAUUCCACCAUUGAGAGCAUUUCCUCUUCUUGCAGACAGUAUAGAGGAUGAAUAUGAACUCUCCACUGUUUGUCACCGGCCCGAGGGCCUGGACCAGCUGCAGGAGCAAACCAAGUUCACCCGCAAGGAACUGCAGGUCUUGUACAGGGGCUUCAAAAAUGAGUGCCCUAGUGGCAUUGUUAAUGAAGAGAGCUUCAAGCAGAUCUACUCACAGUUCUUCCCACAAGGAGAUUCCAGUACAUAUGCAACUUUUCUUUUCAACGCAUUUGACACUGACCAUGACGGCUCUGUCAGUUUUGAGGAUUUUGUGGCUGGCUUGUCCAUUAUUCUACGUGGCACUAUAGACGAUCGGCUUAAUUGGGCCUUCAACCUCUAUGACCUGAACAAAGAUGGCUGCAUUACCAAAGAGGAAAUGUUGGACAUAAUGAAAUCCAUUUAUGACAUGAUGGGCAAAUACACAUAUCCGGCCAUGCGAGAAGACGCACCACAGGAGCAUGUGGAAAGUUUCUUCCAGAAAAUGGACCGGAACAAAGAUGGUGUUGUGACCAUCGAGGAAUUCAUUGAGUCCUGCCAGAAGGAUGAAAACAUCAUGAGUUCCAUGAAGCUCUUUGACAAUGUGAUCUAG